GGGGUCAUAGUGGACCACAAGCUUAAUAUGAGUCAACAGUGUGAUACUGUUGCAAAAAAAGCAAACGUGAUUCUGGGCUGCAUUAACAGGUGUGUUGUAAACAAGACCCGAGAAGUCAUUCUUCCGCUUUACUCUGCGCUGGUUAGGCCUCAGCUGGAGUAUUGUGUCCAGUUCUGGGCACCGCAUUUCAAGAAAGAUGUGGAGAAAUUGGAGAGGGUCCAGAGAAGAGCAACAAGAAUGAUUAAAGGUCUUGAGAACAUCACCUAUGAAGGAAGGCUGAAGGAAUUGGGUUUGUUUAGUUUGGAAAAGAGAAGACUGAGAGGGGACAUGAUAGCAGUUUUCAGGUAUCUAAAAGGGUGUCAUCAGGAGGAGGGAGAAAACUUGUUCACCUUAGCCUCCAAUGAUAGAACAAGAAGCAAUCGGCUUAAACUGCAGCAAGGGAGGUUUAGGUUGGACAUUAGGAAAAAGUUCCUAACUGUCAGGGUAGUUAAACACUGGAAUAGAUUGCCUAGGGAAGUUGUGGAAUCUCCAUCUCUGGAGAUAUUUAAGAGUAGGUUAGAUAAAUGUCUAUCAGGGAUGGUCUAGACAGUAUUUGGUCCUGCCAUGAGGGCAGGGGACUGGACUCGAUGGCCUCUCGAGGUCCCUUCCAGUCCUAGAGUCUAUGAGAGGGCGUGGCCAGGCAAGAACCCUGCCAUCCCAUUGGCCACCUGGGGAGAGAGGGCGUGGCCAGGCAAGAACUCUGCCAUUCUCUUAGCCACCUUUGGAGGGCGUGGCUAGGUUCGAGCUUGCCUGCUGAUUGGUCAACAAGUACAAAGGGGCGUGGCUUGAGGAAGUGCCUCAGCUCGCAGAGGGAGAGUUUUACACCAGGCCUCAUGAUCUGAUUGGUCCGUGGUGGCAACAGAACUGAGGAGAGGGCGGGGCCUGAUGUGAUAGCUGCUCUGUGAUUGGCUGGAGGCGAAGCUGGGUGUCAUGGCGGCUCCCACCUGGUCCGAGCGGGUCCGAGAGCUGCUGAAGCGGAUGAACAACUUCCACGAGCCCGGCUCGUCCCAGGACCAGUGCCUGCCGUUCCUGGUGGCUGGGCAGCGUGUGGGCUCCGUGCCCGCCCCGGUUGCCCAGCGGCUCCAGGGUUACCCGGCCGUGUUCACCGUGAGCCCCGAGCCCGGCAGGCCUGGCCGCGUCGAGCUCCACCCACAGCUGGCGUCCCACGAGGCGCGCACGGCCGCCGUGGGGCAGGUGCUCACGGACCUGCGGGACCUGGGGGCUUUCCCCUGUCUGCACGAAUGGAGAGACGAGCACUAUGAGGUGAUGCCCCGGUUCUGUGACCCGCCUCUGUUCAGCAUGGAGCGUGCGGCCACUGCGCUGCUGGGGGUUCGCUGCUACGGCGCUCACCUGAACGGCUACACCCGCCGUGGGGGCCACCCCUGCAUGUGGCUGGGCCGCCGCGCCCUCACCAAGCCCACCUACCCUGGCCGGCUGGACAACCUGGCGGCAGGGGGCAUUGCGGCGGGCCUGGGGGUGACGGAGACGCUGGUGAAGGAGUGCCAGGAGGAGGCCUGCAUCCCCCCCAGCCUGGCAGCCCAGGCACGGCCGGUGGGCACUAUCAGCUACACCUAUGAGGACCAUCGGGGCAUCUUCCCCGAGUGCCAGUUUGUCUUUGACCUGGAGCUGCCCGAGGAGUUCGAGCCCCGCGUGGGUGACGGGGAGAUGCAGGAGUUUUACCUGCUGGGCCUGGACGAGGUGAAGGAUGCCAUCACAUCAGGUGACUUCAAACCCAACUGUGCGCUGGUUGCCCUGGAUUUCCUCAUCCGGCACGGACACAUCCAGCCGGAUCACGAGCCCCACUACACCGAGCUGGUCGAGGGGCUACACCGGAGCCGGUAAGAAGUCACCGCUCGU